GUCCUCAUAGAACACUUCACUUGUAGUUGGAACUCAGAUCGUGGAAGAUAUACUGCUAAUUGUGACUGAUAUUUGCAGAUCGACGUCUAUUUUAUUACCAUGAUGAAGGCCCAAGUUUUCCUCCUUGUUGCGGUGAUGGUUUUUGGAAUGGUUCAUGCUCAGCAAUGCUACAACUGUCUUUCCAUCACAUCAGACGGUGACAUGAGUGCCUUCCCGAGCAUGGAGGCAGGCUUCGCUCCUUGUGACGAGAAUUACGAACAGAGUACCAUGGAUUGUAGUGCAGCUGGAGGUUGCCUGAAAGCCAACUACAACUUUAUAUACGCUAUUGAGGGACAGGGUAACGUCGAAACAGAACUCGUCAUACGGACCUGCGGAGCAGCUGCGGACGUUUGCGAGACCGCAAGCAGAGCAGCCAUCAACACACAACGAGACGUAAUCAACUCCAUGCUUCCCGAUACCAUACAGUUCGUCUCCGGGAGUGGGGCUGCCUGCGUGUGCUCGGGUAAUCUCUGCAACAGGGCCCACACAACAACGCUUAGUCUUGGCGCCCUGCUUGCGUCUCUACUCGUGUCUUAUCUUGCUAUGAAACGGUAAAGUGAUAUUUGGCAUUACUCCGAUUCUAGUGCCUUGAUCAAUAGGUCACUUUAGGGUUGGAUUGGGAAGGGGGAGGGGGUGGGGGCGGGGUCAGACCAAGUUUUUAAAAAACUGCUUAAGUAAGAAUUCAGUUUCAAUCAAAUUUAAAUUCAAAUUCAAAUUCAAAUACAGAUUAAAAUAUUUCC